UAACUAUCUAGCUAACUCUAUCCCAGAAUGCCUUGCGGGGGCGAAACGGACUGUAAACACAACAGUUGUUAUCUAGAGCUCACUAGUAGCAACUAGCUGCUAUCUGACGUUACCAGGCCUUGCUAUUCCUGGACCAUGUAGCUAAGUGGAUGCCGGUUAGAAGCCAAUUACUAGAGAUGGAUGCCUUUUUGGGAUCUCUGCAAGACCAUGACGUGAGCUCUGUCCUCACGUCCUGUGAGCCCGAGCUGCAGGAGCUGAUGAGACAAAUAGACAUCAUGGUGAACCAUAAGAGGACGGAGUGGGAGGCAGAGAUCCAUGCCAUGGAGCUGCGUCUGCACAGCGGAGAAGAGGAGCUCCUCUCAGCCAGAAACCUCAUAGACCAAAGGAACUCAGAGAUGUACAAAGUGACAGUGGCUAUAGUUUCACUGUUAGACCUGCAGAACACUGGCUGUCGGUUGUUGAAAGUGGUAGUGGAGAAAGAGCUGAUGCAGGCUGGGUUGCUCCGCAAGCAGCUAAAUGAGGUCCAGACAGGGAAGCAAGAGCUGGUCAUUAAAUAUGAGCAACAGCUGCAGCGUGUCAAAGAUGAGUUGUCUAAGCUGAAACACAGCUACCAGAAGCUUCAGAGUAAACAGCUGAAGGAGUCUCGUGAAGGAGCCAAGAGCCGAGAGGAGGACCGGACAGAGGUGACCCGCCUCAAUGGAAAGAUAGAGGAGUUCCGUCAGAGGUCAGCGGAGUGGGAGAACCAGAGGAUGCAGUACCAGAAGCAGGUGUCGUCCCUGGAGACCCAGAGGAAGGCUCUGGCAGAGCAGUUCACUAAUAUGAAGUCCCAGGGUGCAGCGUGGCUACAGGACCCAGGAGGAGGGCGUGCCGGGCAGGCAGAUCUGCAGAGGCUGAGGGGUCAGUUGGAGAGGGCCCAGGAUACACUGCACUCCCAGGAACUGGAGCUGGAACGACUCAGACACCUCCAGGAGCAGCUGAGGGGAGAGCCCAGGAGGGGACAGCAUGUGCUGACAGAGGAGAAGGAGGGGCAGAAGCAGCAGUUCUGUAAUGACCUGUCCAAGCUGACCAGGGCCCUGCAGGCUAAAGAAGAAGUCAUCCAGUCUCUAGAGGAGUGUCUAGGAGCCCAGGGGAGAGGUGGCUCAGGACUACAGCUCCUCAGACAGGACCUAGAGAAGACUACCACCAAGCUACACUCUGCCCAGGCCUGUGAGGUCCACCUGAAGACUGAACUGGCCAGACUCAGAGACAGACUGGAGACUAUGAGCAGACAGAGAGGAGAGUUGGUCACGAGAGAAACGGAGCUAACGCAUAUCAAGGAAGAGAGGAGUCGCUCUGUGACUGAGGUGAAACGGCUGCGUGAGGAGCUGGCGAGGGCGGAGCAGACGCGCUGCUGGGAGGUGGAGGGCAUGAGGAAGGAGGUGUCCCAGAUGACCAAUGAACUGCACCAGCGUGACAUCACCAUCGCCACCCUCAGUGGCUCCGCCUCCAGCGUGGAGCGCCAGCUAAGUGGCGAGGUGGAGAGGGCCGAGCGCCGGGCGGCUGAGCUCAAGGUGACUCAGGUGCAGCUGGAAACUCUGAAGAUUGAGAACCAACAUCUGAAUGAUCUGCUGGAGAGAGUGGAGUCGAGGUCUACUAUGAAAGGGGACCCCUGCCUGGCCUCUCUGAGAGAGAGCUAUGUAUCGUCUCUGAGUAGCUUGGAGCAGGAGAACAGGCAGAUGAGACAGGAGUUGGCGGAGGUGAGAGCUCGCCUGGAGGCCUCUACACAAACCUGGCAGGACAAGCUAGACAGAUCCCUGCUACACAACCAGUCCAGGGCCGGUCCACGACAAACACAAGAUGGGAGUGAAGAGGAACUGCAACAGAGACACAGAGAGGAGAUCUUAGCCAUGGAGGCCAGGAUGCAGGAGAACACCUCGCACUACGAAGAGGAGAUCCAGCGUCUCCUCCAACAGCUAGAGGCACUCUCUUCCUCCUCCCCUCACAGACACCACGUACAGACCCUGGACCACAGGCCCGUCUCAGCCUCCUCUUCCUCCUCCUCCUCGUCCUGUAGAGAAAGCAGACUAGCCCGGGGGACAGCCUCAGCCCUCGUCUGUGUUCCUAAUGGACCUGCACCUCCUGCACCUCUACCUGUCUUUGCACCUGGUGGUGCUGAGGGCCAGUUGUCCAAUUCAGAGGAGGCUCUACACCUGCAGGCCAGUCAAGACAUACUGAACAUGGAACGCUGUGUGGCUUCCCCUGCUGGCUCGGUGGCUUCCCGGUACCUGGAGGAGGAGAACCUGCGCUCCCAGGAGCUGCUCCAGAGACUAGACGCUCACAUCCAGGGCAUGAGACAGGACAAUGUCAGGACCGUUUCUAAAUACCUGGGCCAUCCAGACACCUCCCAACCUUAACCUUCCUGACCAUCCAGACACCUCCCAACCUUAACCUUCCUGACCAUCCAGACACCUCCUAACCUUCCUGAACAACCAGACGCCUCCUAACCUUAACCUUCCUGACCAUCCAGACGCCUCCUAACCUUAACCCUCCUGACCAUCCAGACACCUCCCAACCUUAACCCUCCUGACCAACCAGACACCUCCUAACCCUCCUGACCAACCUUAACCCUCCUGACCAACCAGACACCUCUUGACAAACCAGACUCCUCCUAACCUUAACCCUCCUAACCCUUCUGACCAUCCAGACACCUCCUAACCCUCCUGUCCAUCCAGACACCUCCUAACCCUCCUGUCCAUCCAGACUCCUCCUGACCUUAACCCUCCUGACCAACCAGACACCUCCUAACCUUAACCCUCCUGACCAACCAGACACCUCCUAACCUUAACCCUCCUGACCAACCAGACACCUCCUAACCCUCCUGACCAACCAGACACCUCCUAACCCUCCUGACCAUCCAGACACCUCCUAACCUUAACCCUUCUGACCAUCCAGACACCUCCUAACCCUCCUGUCCAUCCAGACACCUCCUGACCUUAACCCUCCUGACCAACCAGACACCUCCUAACCUUAACCCUCCUGACCAACCAGACACCUCCUAACCUUAACCCUCCUGACCAACCAGACACCUCCUAACCCUCCUGUCCAUCCAGACUCCUCCUAACCCUCCUGACCAACCAGACACCUCCUAACCUUAACCCUCCUGACCAACCAGACACCUCCUAACCCUCCUGACCAACCAGACACCUCCUAACCCUCCUGACCAACCAGACACCUCCUAACCCUCCUGACCAUCCAGACACCUCCUAACCCUCCUGACCAUCCAGACACCUCCUAACCCUCCUGACCAUCCAGACUCCUCCUAACCUUAACCCUCCUGACCAUCCAGACACCUCCUAACCCUCCUGACCAUCCAGACCCCUCCUAACCCUCCUGUCCAUCCAGACACCUCCUAACCCUCCUGUCCAUCCAGACACCUCCUAACCCUCCUGUCCAUCCAGACACCUCCUAACCCUCCUGACCAUCCAGACUCCUCCUGACCUUAACCCUCCUGUCCAUCCAGACACCUCCUAACCCUCCUGUCCAUCCAGACACCUCCUAACCCUCCUGUCCAUCCAGACUCCUCCUAACCUUAACUGCAAAUAGCUGACCAGACAGACAGCUCACCUCUGGAGUCGUCACCAGAUAUGUUCCACUGACUGACCGACUGACCGACCACCAGGUUUCUCUAGUUCUAGGAGUAUUAGUGAGGCAGUUCUCUGGCUUUCUGUGUCUCUUCAGACGGACCUUUUGGACCGACCAACCCACCCACCAGAGUCCAGGUUUCUCUAGUUCUAGGAGUAUUAGUGAGGCAGUUCUCUGGCUUUGUGUGUCUCGACAGAUGGACCUGUUGGAAAGAUACACUGUAAAUGUGACCGGUGACAGUUUGUUGGAGAGUUCACGUGUGUGAUUUAGUCCAGGGUAGUUUAGGUGUGUCUCUGAACCCACUGACUCAAAUCUACAGUGUCGUCGUGUGAGUUAGCGCCUCUGUAAAGCACUUUAGAAACGUAUUGCUAAGCCGAGUUAGUGGUGCUUAGAUUCGUCCUUGACAAUCUCCUUCCUUUUGUACCCGUUUCGCCGUCUGUUUUUAUGGAUGUGGAAUGUGUUUUUGGCGGUGCUGUAGCAGUCAUUGUUUUUAUUGACAGUUUGCCUCCUGUGAUAUCAUCCAUAGAAACCCAAGAUGGAAUGUAACUAUGUUUGUAAACAUAGAAAUAUAUAUAUAUAUUUUUUUUUAUAUUCAAAACUUCAUUCUUCAAUGGCUCCAGAUGCUGUCUCAUUUGUUGACGAGAACAUGGUACAUCUUCUCUCUCAGUCAGCAGUGUGUGGGCGGGGUCUCUCUCCUCAGGGUUAAGGUGUGACUGCAUCCCUCCCUGAGAGAGGGAGAGAGGGAAUAAAAAAUCAUCUGUUAGUGCCAGAAAAUCUGUCAUCCUCUCUGUGAUUCUGUGACGGUUCCACAAGGUCCCAGCGACAUCUCUCAGUAGAGGGUUAACAUGGUAGAACGAACAGAGGGAGGGAGGGGUGUCCUUGGCUCUCGACCCUUUCCCACAACACACACACAAAAAAGGCCCAUAGCACUCUGGUUAAAAGUAGUGCACUAUAUGGGGAAAUAGGGUGCAAUAUUAGGAUGUACCCGGGUGUUUGUGGGAAUGAAAUAAAGACAAAAUAUUAAUAUACCAAAAUAAAUGUCUUAUGUUUUGAGGAAUGUA